AUGUUCUUCGCCCCCGAAUCCCCCUGGUGGCUCGUCCGCAGAGGCCGCCUGCAAGACGCCCGAGCCGUCGUCAAGCGCCUCACGUCCGACAAGAACGUCAACUUCGACAUUGACAAGAACGUCGCCCUCAUGGUCGUCACCACAGAGCACGAGCGCUCCAUCAACGCCGAGACGACGUACCUCGCCUGCUUCCAGGGCACAAAUCUUCGGCGAACGCUCAUCGUCAUUGGCAUCUACUGUAUUCAGACGCUCAACGGCAACCCGCUCCGCGGAUACUCGACGUAUUUCUAUCAACAGGCCGGCCUGCCCACCACGCAAGCCUUUAACAUGACAAUCGCGGGCUUCGCAGUCGCCAUUGUCGGCGGCCUCUUUUCCUGGGUUCUGCUCCCCCUCUUCGGCCGCCGCACAAUCUACUUCUGGAGCCUCGUCCUCAUGUUCAUCAUCAUGAUCCUCGUCGGCGCCCUCGGCUUCCCGCAAUCCCGCUCCCCCACGCCCGCCUUCGCCUGGGCCAUCGGCUCCCUCCUCAUCGUCUCCUCGUUCCUCUACAACUGCUCCAUCGGACCCCUGACCAACACCCUCUGCUCCGAGAUCCCCUCGUCCCUCCUCCGCAGCAAGUCCGUCGUCCUCGCCCGCUGGACAUAUGCCGUCACCCACAUCAUCGCCGGUGUUCUCACUCCGUACCAGCUCAACCCUACCGCUUGGAACUGGGGUGCCAGGACGGGCUUGUUCUGGGCUGGCGGCUGCCUCAUUUCCAUUGUUUUCGCUUACUUUUGUGUUCCUGAGCCCAAGGAUCGGACGACGGCCGAGUUGGACAUCUUGUUUGAGAGAAAGGUCUCGCCCCGACACUUUUCCAAGACGCCGGUUGAUUUGACUGAGGCUAUUUACGGGGAUGAUGAGAAGAAGUUUUAA